GCCUCUUUUUUUUACUUGCCCACCUUCACGUGAUUCUGAGCUUGCAGUCCGACAGCUGCUCUGUCACGUUCUGCACCCUGCUCACUUCCCUUCUCCCCUCUAGUGUCGUACCUUCUUCUAUCCCCAUUCCCUCUUCACUCUCCCAAGCCUAAACCCUAACAGGGAACGAAAUGCAUGAUCAGAGUAGAUGCUGCUGAAGUUGUAGAGAGACAGGGCUCAGCUGGCAUUAUUGGCUUCUCUUUCUGAUUCACUAAAAAUGCUCAAUACUACACAGUCUCUUGCUCCGUGCUUGUUUAUUCUCUCGGUCGCUUUUUUGACUGCUUCUUCCACUGCUGCCACUCAUCCACCGCAUGCUGUUUCGCCCUCGCCCUCGCCCACGCUACCACCAUCUGAUGCCAUUGCCCUUGUCAUGUUCAAAUCCAAAGCCGACUUGGGUAACAAGCUUCGCUUCACUGCAAGCACCAGUCUCAAUUACUGCUAUUGGCAAGGAGUCACAUGCCUCCGAGGGAAAGUGGUGCGCCUAGUUCUGGAAGGGCUCGAUCUCGGUGGGGUUUUUGGUCCUGACACAUUGAGUCGUCUUGACCAACUUAGAGUCCUCAGUUUGCAGAACAACUCGCUCGUUGGACCCAUUCCAGAUCUCUCCAAAUUCUUCAAUCUCAAGGCUCUGUUUCUUGAUCACAACUCGUUCACGGGCUCUUUUCCACCUUCAAUCUCGUCGCUUCAUCGGCUUCGAACCCUUGAUUUCUCUUACAAUAAUCUGACCGGCCCUUUACCUAUUUGGUUAACAAAACUAGAUCGGCUAUACUACCUGCGACUUGAGUCGAACCGGUUCAACGGAACGAUUCCUCCACUCAACCAGUCCACUCUCCAAACGUUUAAUGUUUCGCGUAAUAACCUCUUCGGUGCCAUACCCGUGACACCUACUUUGUUGCACUUUGAAGCGUCUGCGUUCGCAUUGAACCCUGGUCUCUGCGGUGAGAUUCUUCACAAGGAGUGCCACCCGAGUCAACCCUUUUUUAGUCCAUCAGCGCCGGUCGCCACGCCACCACCGCCAGUGGGUCUUGGGCAAAACGAGCAGGUGCACGGUGUUGAGUUGGCUCAACCGUGUCCGAAGAAUCAUAAGAGAACCGUGGUGAUCCUGGGCUUCUCAUCUGGGGUGUUCGUUCUGAUUAGUUCACUUCUUUGUUUUGUGAUAGCAAUGAAGAGACAGCGAAACCAGAGGAACACAGCGCCGACGAUGGCUUCUGACUCUGCAGCAACAGCCCAGGCUGCGGCCGUGAUGAGAAUAGAAGAAGAGAACGAGUUGGAGGAGAAGGUGAAGAAGGUACAGGGAAUGCAAGUGGCGAAGAGUGGGAGUUUAGUAUUUUGUGCAGGGGAGGCGCAGCUGUAUACUCUGGAACAGCUGAUGAGGGCUUCAGCUGAGUUGCUGGGGAGAGGAAGCAUAGGGACCACUUACAAAGCGGUGUUGGAUAACCGUCUGAUCGUCAGCGUGAAGAGACUCGACGCCGGUAAAACAGCGAUCACAGAUAAAGAGACGUACGAGCGUCACAUGGAAUCAGUUGGUGGACUUCGCCACCCAAAUCUGGUUCCGCUCAGAGCCUAUUUCCAGGCCCAGGAAGAGAGACUCCUCAUCUACGAUUACCAGCCCAACGGCAGUCUCUUCUCCCUCAUUCACGGUUCAAAGUCAACGAGGGCAAAGCCUCUUCACUGGACAUCGUGUUUGAAAAUAGCAGAGGACGUGGCCCAAGGUCUGUCCUACAUACAUCAAGCAUGGAGACUUGUCCAUGGCAAUCUCAAGUCCUCCAACGUCCUCCUCGGCCCUGAUUUCGAGGCUUGUCUCACCGACUACUGCCUCGCCGUCCUCGCCUCCCCCUCCGUAGACGACGAUCUCGACUCCGCCUCUUAUAAAGCUCCCGAAACCCGAAAUCCCAGUGGGCAAGCAACGUCUAAAGCCGACGUGUAUGCAUUCGGCAUUCUCCUGCUGGAGCUUCUAACGGGUAAACCUCCAUCGCAGCAUCCGGUUCUAAUGCCAGAUGAUAUGAUGAACUGGGUUAGAUCCACCAGGGACGACGAUGAUGGGGAAGAUAACAGGAUGGGGAUGCUUCUUGAAGUAGCCAUUGCCUGUAGUGUGACCUCGCCGGAGCAGAGGCCCACAAUGUGGCAAGUCUUGAAAAUGAUACAGGAGAUUAAAGAGAGUGUAUUAAUGGAGGACAACGAGUUGGACCCACUCACUGGGUUGUCCUAGCUAUUAUUGUACCACACUCGUCUGUAAUCAGUAAUGCAAAGAAAAAAAGGAAAAAGGUGAAAAAGAAGCAAACAAAGGCCAUGCAACUUCCCUUUGCCUUCUUCUCCUCUGCGCGGUCCUACCUUCAUCUCUAUUACGUGGGUUUCUAUAUUUGAGUUUCUGUAGGUAUCGUGCAGCGCUGCCCCACGUGAUGAUUAUUGAGAAUUAUAUGGUUUUAGCUGCAGAACGAGUAAUCCAAAUCCACUGACAUCAAUUUCUUAUU